CAACACACCUUGCGUACUCUCGGACGUACGCGCACCAUUCUAACACGCUCGCAUCGCCGUCACCGUACAUCCCACAGAGAUGAGCCGGCACAGUUGCCUGGCGACGGCCGUUCUAUUGGCGGCUCUUUGCCUAGCCGAUGCCCAGCGCCGUCUGGCCCUGCCUGACCCCAGAAGUUGCGCUAACAGAGUUCGUCAUUCGACGUAUCGCGAUGCGCGCGGAGUGCUUCAUUCCUACUUCUUCAGCUGGGAGCACGCGCCUACCCGCAGCCUUGAAGUGGACUGGCUCGACGCGAGAAACAUCUGCAGGCGACACUGUAUGGACGCCGUCUCGUUGGAGACUCCACAGGAAAACGAGUUUGUUAAGCAGAAGAUAGCCCGUGCUAACAUCCGGUACAUUUGGACAUCGGGACGCAAAUGCAACUUUGCUGGCUGCGACCGUCCCGACUUACAGCCCCCCAACGUGAACGGCUGGUUCUGGUCGGGCUCCGGGGCGAAGAUCGGGCCAACUGGACAGCGCAACACCGGCGACUGGUCCUACACCGGGGGCUACGGACAGGCUCAACCUGACAACAGGGAAGCUGCUCAAGGCAACGACGAGUCCUGCUUAGCAAUUUUGAACAACUUCUACAACGACGGCGUCAAGUGGCACGACGUCGCCUGCCACCAUGUCAAGCCGUUCGUCUGCGAAGACAGCGACGAGUUGCUUAACUUCGUGCGCUCUCGCAACCCCGGACUUCGUCUCUAGGACUCCGCACCGCACUACUUCGCCCUCUAAAUUAAGAUAGUCACCAACUUAAACCGCAUCACUCAAGCACAACUUUUAACAAAUUUAGGCUUUAAGCCUUGGUCCUUAGAUACAUUUUUCAAUGACAAGACAUAAUAGUUGACAACUAGCGGUGCGGUUUAUGUGAGCGACGACCUUUAGAUGGUUGACAUUGUACAAAACCAAGUGGCUAACUCUAUUUAAGUUAUUUAUUAAUAAAAUAAAACUAAAAAAUAAUACUGACAUUAAACGAUUAUUUCGUUUAGUGUGCUUGUGUGACCUGUUAGAAAAGAGAUUAUGAUUUUGAUCAUCUUUCGUUUCGGUCAGUGCUUCUAUCUUGUAAAAAGUUUUGCACA